AUGGACAAGAAGAAAUUCCUCGAGAUGGUUAAGAAGAAGAAGGAGCGCGCGGAGAUGCGGAGCGGUGGGAUGAGCAGCGAAUGGGCGAAAAAGCUGGAGCAGGUGGCCAUGCAGGCCGCUGACGAGGACGCGAAGAAACGGGAGAAGGAGAAGAAACGGCGAAAGAAGAAGGAGAAGAAGAGUCGGAAAAGCCGUUCGCGAAGAGAGGAUUCUUCGGAUUCGUCGGAUUCGUCUUCGCAUGAUGAAGAUUUGCGUUCGUCCGACUUGGAAUCUAGUUAUGAUAGCUCGUCGGAGUCGGAGCGGGAGGAGAGGAGACGGAGGAGAAAGAAGCGGCGCGGGAAGAAGCAGAGGAGAGAGCGGAGGAGCGAGUCGGAGAGCGAGGAGGAACGGGAAGGGAGGGAGAAGGAGCGGAGGAGCAGGAAGCGACGGAAGAGAAGAGCGUCAGACUCUGAUAUUGACGCUGAUGCUGGCAGUGAUGGUGAUGGUGAUGCUGGCAAGAGGAAGCGCAAAGCUCGCUUGACCUCCCGAGAUGGCCACAGCUCAGGUGAUGAUGAUGACGAUAAACGGGAGAGGAGCAGAAAGAAGGAGAAAGGACGGAGCAGGAGCAGGGAUCGCAGUCGCAGCAGGUCGAGUGACGACGACCACAAGAAGAAGCGUACGCACAAGAGCAAGAGCAAGAGCCGGAGCCGCACCCCUGAUGUGCUUGCUCACAGGCGCAAAGGUGCCAAGAGCAGGAGUCGAACCCCUGACCUGAAGGGAAUACAGGAGGAGCGUGAGCGUGAGCGUAGCAUGCGCAGGGCCAAGAGCAAGAGUCGCACCCCGGAGAUUGAAAGGGUUGGUUCUGAGGCUCAUGAGAAAAUCGGUUCUGGGUAUGAGGGUGGGAUGGGAGAGGCUGAAGGAGCGGGGUGUGUUGGUGGUGGGGUUGGAGAGGGAGGAAAGGGGGGCAUGGGAGAGAAGGGAGGAAUGGGAGAAAAUGGAGGAUUGGGAGAUAAGGUGGGAAUGGGAGAUAAGGGAGGAAUGGGAGAAGAGGAAGAUAAGGGAGAGAAUGGAGGAAUGGGAGAAGAGGAAGAUAAGGGAGAGAAUGGAGGAAUGGGAGAAGAGGGGGAUAAGGGAGAAAAACGAUUCGAACAGGGUGGUGAGCGUGGGGUGGCACUUGAGAGUGGGAAUGGACAUGAGGAGAAUGAGCGUGAAAAAGUGGAACUGGAGGGUGGAGGUUGCGAGCAGGGAGACGCUGUGGGAGAGGGAAAGGUGGAAGUGGGGAAUGAAGAGGGAAAGGUGGGUGAUGGAGAGGGAAAUGGGGUUGAGGGAGAAGGAGCGGCAGGUGAGGGAGUGGGAAGAGGGGACGAGGGAAAGGCUGAAGGGGGAGAGGGAGGGGGUAUUGCUGAUAAGCCUGAGGCCUGA